CGAGUUCCUUCAAUUCCCUAUUUUUUUGGUGCAGAGUUCCUUCCAUAGAAGAUAUUUCAAAGAUAAUAGAUUCGAUCCGAUCCGAGAGCUAUUGGGUCAGUGGGUGAUCCUGCAGCUGGUUUCUUCUUCCACUGUGGACACGACUCUCUAACACCGACUACGACGAUGAUGAACCAACGCCUGGACCUCGGCUGGAACUCGACCGUCUGCUGCUAAACGAUGGAUCUGGCAGACCAAAUCGAUGACUAUAUCUGUUCGUUCGAGGGACUUGGUGACUUAACAAUGGACUCCCUAGCCAUCUUCAUCUUUCUGUGGGCCGUGCUGGCCCUCUUCUCUGUCUGGCUGUGCAAGCUGCUCUACCGCAAGUAUCUCAACAAGGAGAAGACGCCCAGUGCCGCCAACAGUCGCCAGAGCAGCGUGGCCCCCGGGGCGGCCGCUUUGGCCCUCGGCGGCUCCUCCAAGCCGGAGAAGCGACUCUCCGAGCCCAGGGACAUGCUGGCCACCAAGAGCAAAGUCGAGGAUCUCUCCAAGCCUCUGACUGGCGCCUCGGCUGGCCGUGGUCGCUCUUCGGCCUCGCCCCUAAGCGGUGGUGCCGCUGGCGCCGCCGGACCGCGUCGCCGCGUGGUACGCCAGAGCUCCACGGGGCCGGAGAAUCGCAAGAAGCGCUAUGUUCCACCGCCCUCCAAUGUGGUGGGACCCGAAACGAGCUCUGUCACGUGGACCAGCCAAGUGUUCCGCUGGCUGUACAGCGAUCUAGUCAUUGUCAACGAGCUGCUCAUGUCCUGGGUGAUAGCCAUCAACGACUCGCUCCGCAAGUCUGUGGAGGAGCAUGGAGUGGCCGUGGAAGUGGUCCGAGUGCUGCCCGAUAGCCCUGCUCCGGGCCUGAACAACAUCUUCUGCAACUGCGAUGAGAACAAUCCUGCGGAUAUGCUCAUCACGUUCGACUGCGACGCCAUGCCAGUGCUGCAGGUGAAGACCUUCCGCCAGAAGUCGGGCAAGGUGGAGACCUCCCAUUACAAGGUGACCGUGUCGCGAUUCCGCGCCCGCAUGGCCAUCCCCAUGAACUACAACAGUCUCAAGGGCGAGAUGCGUGUCGAGGGCUAUCCUGAUGUGCGCAUUGCGAUGAACAGCGUGGGGGCCAUCAAGCCCAUGGACCAGGACGAACAGCAGCUCCAGACGGUCAUCAGCGACAUCCUGACGACGGCCCUGCGCGACACCGUCUACCCCGUGGACUUCUCCAUCUACUCCACCUGCCCGCGGGCCGAGGUGGAGCCCCUGGAUCUGCCCCACAACAUGGAGCACCAUAUGGGAGGCGUGGGCCUGCGGGACUCGCAGCACAUGGUGUCCGGCAGGCGGCUGCUGGUGAAGAUCGUCAAGGGAGAGGGCCUGAGGGACGCCCACGACCCCUAUGUGGUCAUCGAGAUGGACGAGCCGGCCCAGAAGAACCAGACGGGCACCCAGCGCGGCAGCAGACCCUACUGGGAUGAGCACUUCCUCUUUGAACUCUCCCCGCAGUCUGCAGAGAUUCUCUUCGAGGUGUACGACCAUCCAGUGAUCGCCUCGGAUCCGCCCAAGUUCCUCGGACUCGGCCUGGUCGGCAUCGACGAGCUGGCCGUGGGUCCGGCCUCCACCCAGCUGCUGCAGCUCCAGCCACGGCCCUACGAAACCCAGCCCGUGGCCGGCGCCAUCACCGUGGACUUCGUGUUCAUCGAGGGAGCCGAGAUCCCGGCGGGCGCCCGUCCACAACGCCUCAAGGAGGCCCUGCGCCUCAGCACGCCGGCCAUCAAUGAACACAUCCGCAACGGAGCGGACCUGGCCGACGCCGCGGUCCGCGCUCUGCAGGACGGCGCCCUCUCCGCCACCGGAAACGGGGGCCAGCCCAGCAAGAGCACCCUCAUCAUCCACAGCGUCCAGCGGAACUCGGGCAAUCCGAAUGCAUUUAAGGUCGAGUUGAACAAGGAUGGCCGCAUCGAGGUCUUUGAAUCGCCCACAGAGCUGGACCAGGCCGUGGCCCAGGCCUUCGAGCGGGCCGCCAGCGAGGCAGCGGCCGCCAAGGCCGAGCAGCUCCAGCUGGAGCUCGAGCUGGACCCCGGCACGGAGGUCCAGCCGCUGGCCAGCGGCGGCGGUGGCGGUGGCGACGAGCCGCACAACGAAACAGGUAACGGUAGUGGUACCGCCAACGAGGACAGUACCGCGGAGUUCGGGCAGCCCAACGCAGCCUCCUCGCCCAACGGCAGCGGCUACCACAACAACUACAACCUCAAUGGGAGCAGUGGGCUAGCCGGAAACGGCAGUGGCAAUGGCAACGGCAACGGCAGCUCCAACAUCAAUGGCGGGGGCUACAGCAUGAACAGCCUGCCGCGGAACGGGGCCCAUCUGGGGCAUCUGCAGGCGGGUGAGGGCAUGGACGUGCUGGACGAUCGUGGGCGCAGCAAAAAACGUAAUUUCUUUGGCACCCUGAAGAAGCGGCUCAGCCGCUCCAAGACACGCACCCUCUCGGCAGAUCAGCCCAAUAGCAAUCACAAAUCACUAUCAGCCACCAACUCGAACUACGCCAAUACUACAACAACAUCGACAGGACUACCCCGAACCGCCACCGGAACCCUCAAUGGACCCCGCAUGGGCAUUGGCUCCGCCAUCACCGACCAUUCACGACGCUCUUCAAUUUCAGAAUCCUCGGCCAUCUCAGGUUUCUCCUCGGCCAGCAAUAAGACCUACGUACACGAGGCCUCCACCUUGGUCCUGGAGACCAUCGAGAACGGCGUGAAGCGCCACUUUAUUGUGCCUUUGGCCAUUGCCCAGAGACCGCGCUGGCGCCGCAAGGGCACCAAGCUGCACAUCUACAAUGAUCACACCUUCAUAGCCAAGCAUUUGAGCGGAAGCGGCUUGCAGUGCUCGAUCUGCAUGAAGUCCAUACCUCGGAGGCCGGGCAAGCAGGGAUACGAGUGCCGCGACUGCCAGCUGAUCUGUCACAAGCAGUGUCACAUACGGGCGCCCCAGGCCUGUCCCAAUCCCACGGUGCUCUCCAUGGAACUAACCAAACUUAACUCGGCUGCGGCGGAUCGGAGUAUACGGAAACUGUAAAGAGGCCCCCAAUCCAUCGUCCAUCCCAGCUCCGACGCCGGGGACACUUAAUCGAAUUACUAUGCUUAGAGGGAGGAACACCGGGACACUUCGGCUAUCGAAAUCUUUGAUACAUUAUGUUAUUUAUUUAUACACACACACACACCCACGUGCAAUAAGUUCUUUGGUUUCGUUUUUAACCUUUCUCUGUGUCAACAAGUAGACCCCUUUGAUAUUUUGUAUUUUCUACAAACACGAAUAAUAAUUGUACAAAAUAAGAGCGAA